AUGACUUAUCCCUCUCGCCGGCUUCAGCCGAAUCACAAACCUGUGGAUCGUCUUUACACCGAUCGUUUGCGCCAGUUCACUGACCCCGGUGGUCAAUUUCGCGACCUGAACUUACCCGCUUUAUAUGACCAUGAAAGAUUUCGUAUUGAUGGAUUAAAGCUGUGGAGAGUUCCUGAUGGUCCUAAUGGGAAGACUGAACGACCUUUAUUCAAGGAAAUUGAUUGGAGUACCGUUGAAUGGGAGCAUAUUGAUGUGGGCUAUCGAUUCGGACCUCUGUGGAAAACAUUCUGGGUAAAGCUUCAUGUGGAGAUCCCCGAGAAGUGGCUUGAAGCCGAGGCUAUUGAAUUGGAGUGGGACUCUCUGCUGGAAGCUUUGAUCUACAAUGAUAAAGGGUUACCUUUGCAGGCGUUCACUGGUGGUGGUGAUCGUAACUACUUCAGAUUUUCGAAGGAGUACGUAACGGGCAAGCGCCAAACGUUCUAUAUUGAAGUUGCGUGCAAUGGUAUGUUCGGAAAUGGCCUGGACGGACACCCUGACCCCAAUCGCUAUUUCCAGCUCAAGACCUGUGAUCUUGUGUUGCCAAAUUUGACAGCUAGGCGGUUGUAUUGGGAUUUUUGGAUUUUGGGAGACGCUGCCCGCGAGUUCCCAGGCGGUCAUUGGCAGAAGUACAAAGCUUUGACUGUUUGUAACGACAUCAUGGAUGCUUUUGACCCUGACAACAAGAACCUGGUAGAAACUGGCCGUAAAUUAGCGCUGUCUUUGCUCGGAGGUGAUGUCGACUCUGAAAGUGUAUUCAGUCAUUACCUGAAUCCUGACAAACGAGUUGAUGUCAUCGGUAUUGGUAAUUGUCAUAUUGACACCGCUUGGGAAUGGCCGUUCGCUGAAACUAAGCGAAAGAUUGUACGUUCAUGGACUACCCAGCUUAAAAUUUGUGACGAAUAUCCUGAAUUUGUUUUUGUGGCACUGCAAAUGCAACAAUUUAAGUGGUUAAAACAGAGUCAUCCUGAGAUUUUGAGGAAAAUCAAAGAGAAGUUUGCCACGAACCAAUUCUUGCCGAUUGGUGGUUCAUGGGUUGAAAAUGAUACCAAUUUACCAAACGGGGAGUCAUUGAUUCGUCAGUUCUUAGUGGGUCAACGUUUCCAAUUCAACGAGUUUGGCUUCUAUCUGAAUAUUUACUGGCUCCCUGACACUUUCGGUUACACGCUGCAAAUUCCACAAAUAUGUCAGCACGCGGGGAUUCUGCGGUUCUUGACUCAAAAACUUUCGUGGAACAACAUCAAUGUGUUCCCGUUAUCAACAUUCAAUUGGGUCGGUCUUGAUGGGUCGCAAGUGUUGGUACAUAUGCCUCCUGCUAACACUUAUACAGCUCAUGCUCACUUUGGUGACAUUGUUCGCUCCGAAAGUGGCAACAAAAACUUGGGGCAAUCAAGCCUAGGCUUGUUAUUGUACGGUUACGGUGACGGUGGUGGCGGUCCCACUGAAGAGAUGAUUGAGAAGAUACGUCGCUGUCGUGGAUUAGCCAAUACCUCUGGAUUGGUACCUACGGUGCACUUGGGAUCCACGGUAGACGAUUUUUAUGAUCAAGUUUUGGAGUCUACCGACAAUGGUGAUUUACUUCCUCUGUGGAACGGUGAAAUGUAUUUGGAAUACCACCGGGGAACCUACACAACUCAAGCACUUAUCAAAAAGUUGGAACGAUUUGGCGAGAUCAAGUUGCACAACUUGGAGUAUUUGGCAGCAUUAACACUGCUUUUGUACCCAAAGCAAUAUAAGUAUCCUAAGCAUGAAAUCCAGGAGUUAUGGGAGGACUUGUUGUUGUGCCAGUUUCACGAUGUAUUUCCGGGUUCUUGCAUCGGCAUGGUAUACUACGAUGAGGCCUAUCCCAUGUUAACCAAAGACCUUGCGAAAAUGGAUAAGUUGAUCAGUGAGGUCCUUGACGUCCUUAAAGAUCGCAAGCGUCUGCUUGGCGAGCCGGUGUCGUUCUUUAACCCAUCACCAUGGGAACGUCACGAUGUUGUCGUUGAUUCUCGUGAAAUCCCCGAGAUGAAAUUUUGGGUUCAACGCCAAGGUCUUGAACCUGGCCUCACUUUAAUUGACAUCACCUCAAAGGGUACGAAUAUCAACUCCCAAUUGAAAUACCCUUCACUGGUAAAACCUGAAGGAGACUCAUUUGUUCUUUCAAACAAUAUUUUGAAAGCGACCGUCUCCAAAACUGGUGUGAUCACAUCUCUUUACGAUAUUGUAAAUGAUCGUGAAAUAGUUGAUACCACCAACACUAAGCAAACUCGUGGUGGUUCUGAGGUCGGUUUCAACCAAUACAUUCUCGUGGACGAUGAGCCACUCAACUUUCCGGCUUGGGAUACCGAGUUGUAUUCAUUGGAUAAGUUUGGCUUUGUUAACAGUGGUGAGGUUGUUGAUACCACAAGUGAUCCGGUGGAGCUGUCGAUUACAAUUCAUUACAAGAUUCUGAAGAAACUGACUAUGAGAACCAGAAUUUCCUUGCAAGGUUUGAGCAAAAAAACCGAUGCUGCCCCCAACUUCGUGCACUUCAAGUGUGAUGUUGAUUGGCAUGAGAAAAACAAGUUUCUCAAAGUGCAAUUUCCUAUUACAAUUUAUACAGCUACCCAUGCCAACUACGAGACGCAAUUUGGGAUCACACAGCGUCCUACGCACUACAAUACUUCGUGGGAUGUUGCACAAUUUGAGGUUUGUCACCAUAAGUUUGUUGACUUAAGUGAGUACAACUACGGGGUGUCCAUCUUGAACGACUGCAAGUAUGGGUCGCUGGUGCAUGGAAAUUUGAUUCGCUUACUGUUAUUGAGAUCGGCGAAAGCUCCUGAUGAUAGGGCCGAUAUGGGUAAACACACGUUCGAGUAUGCUGUAUAUCCACACCGUGGCAAUGUCGGCAUGGACACUGUGAAGGUGGCGUGGGACUUUAAUUAUCGUGUCAAUCGAGUUAUACCCGAUGGUAACAACCGAUUGGGUAUGUUGACGCACGCUGUGCAGUUGCAUCAACAAUCACAAGGUUCUCUUGUGUUAUCACACAUCAAACGGGGCGAAAACGAUGUUGACGUAAACAUAUACAAAGCUUAUGAGAACGUGGCAAAACAAAAGACUUUGGUUUUGCGUGUUUACGAAGCACUCGGUGGGUCGCUGACGGGUAAAAUUAGCUUUGACUCAAAGCAAUUGAAAGUUAAGAGAAUUGUGAAGACAAAUGCGUUAGAGGAAGAUGAAUUGGAGGAAUUGACUCCCAAUAAAGAUGGGAGCGUUGAUAUUAAAUUGCGAGGAUUCGAAAUUGCCACAUUCAAGGUUUACUUGGAUUAG